GUUGUGUACAGAUAUCGGACUACAAAGAGUGCUACAGAGAGCCAGCGUUUCACCAUCAGACAGGUGCUAAUAGGCUGAAGUUGGCCCAAUGGAGUGGAAGUGCAAGUUGUGUUCUGCAACUUCAAAUACCCGGGGACAAUUAUUUUGGCACUAUACUGUACUGCAUAGCCAAUAUUCAAGAGUGUCCCCCCUGCCAUGUCUCUAUGACAGUUGCAUUUGUACUUUUCCAUCAUUCGAAGCGAUGAAAGCUCAUCUGUCAAGAUGUCAUAAUGAUUCAUGUAGAGUAGAUGCAACUGAAGGAGCAUGUGUUUUUUUUACAUGUCCUUUGUGUAACUUCAAGCAGCCCUUUUCUGAGGAAAUUCUAUUGGGUCAUUUGAGAAGUCAUUUACGAAGUCAUGAGAUGGUAGCAUGCCCAUUCAAGAAUUGUAAUUACAGAACAAAUAGCUACUCAGCGUUUAAUGCACACAAAAGUAGAAAACAUGGUGGUGAUUCAGACUUUGGUGAAUGUGUUGUAUUGGCAGACAAUGAUAGUGCCCCAGUUGUAGUUGCAGCAGAAAGUCUUGGGGAACACGCUGAAAGUCACAGUGCAGGGUCUGCGGACACAUUUGAUCUUGAUGAGGUGAACGGUCAGUGUGACACAGACACUUUAAGAGCCCAGUUGAAGCAUAACUUGGCAUCGUUAUUCCUAAAGAUGCAAUCUAUUCUUCAUGUAUCUGACAUGGCAUCUCAGGAGAUAGUGGAACAUUUGACUCAGAUAUUUUCCUUGUCCCAACCGAUACUCAAACAAGAUAUUAGAGAGGUCUUACAGAGUCAUGACAUCACUGUCAGUGAAACACUUCUAAAUGAUGUUGUCAGUACUGUUAUGGACAGUAAUAUUAUUGUCAGUGCCACAGCUAAGGGGAAGCAGUUAUCCUCAACCAAGAGAAGGAAAACCUUCAUCGAAAAUAAUUACCCUGUGGUAAAGCCUGUACAGUAUCUGCUACAGCCAGGACACACAGCAGUGCAUGUUCCCAUUCUGGAGAUGAUACAAAAAAUCUUCAAUCAUACAGAUAUUCUGGACAAAAUUAAAGAAACAAAAGUGGCACAAAACAGUCAUUAUGUAAGCCACCAAGAUGGCUUGUACUUCAAAGAGAACACAUUUUUGUCUUCAGAUGAGUUAACGAUAACACUCAUUUUGUACAUUGAUGAUUUGGAAAUAGCCAAUCCACUUGGCACAUCACGGAAAAUACACAAAAUCUGUUCAGUAUACUGGACUCUUGCUGAUCUUGCCAGUAAAUACCGAUCAGCCCUGCAUGUAAUUCAGCUUGCAGCUUUAUGUAAAGUGGCUGACAUACAGACAUUUGGCUAUGAAAAAGCACUUGGUCCUUUGUUGAGAGACCUCCGUACCCUUGAACAAGAUGGGGUAUUCAUUGAGUCUAUUGGUAAGGUAGUUCAAGGAACAGUCAUGUGUGUGGUGUCUGACAAUCUUGCAGCCCAUGAUUUGGCAGGCUUUUCAAAGUCUUUUAGAGCAGAAUAUUUUUGCAGAUUCUGCACAGCGACACAAGCUAAAUUUCAGACUCAUGAAGUUGCAAGUGGCGAGUUCAGUCUUAGGACAAAAGACAGCCAUAAUAGUGAUGUGCAUGCUGUAAUGCAUGGGGGUAGUCAGAGUCAGAAUGGUGUUCAGGCAGAUUGUGUCCUGAGCCAGCAUCUAGAGCAUUUUCAUACGGUCACUGGCUUUCCACCUGAUGCCCUCCACGAUCUUUUUGAGGGCAUUGUGCCCGUAGAGCUCGCCCUGUGUAUCGGAGAGAUGAUCCGUUGCAAAUACUUCACCCUUGAAUAUUUGAACGAGAGAAUUCUAUCGUUUCCAUACCAGCACACAGACAAGCUUGACAAACCUCAUAAAAUACCACAGACCUUCGCUGUAAAGAAAAGCAUUGGUGGUAACGGCCAUGAAAAUGCCACAUUGCUUAGACUGCUCCCUUUGAUUAUUGGGACUUCAGUUCCUGAAGAGGAUGGAGCAUGGACUGUGCUAAUGGACUUAAAAAGAGGUAGUAGAGUUAUCGCUGUGCACAGAAUUCACAGAGGAGUCCAUCCAGUAUUUACAGUCCAAGAUACAGGAUCAUAG